AUGACGAUGCAUGAGAUGGAAACACAAAUGUCAAGCUAUUUAGAGCAGACGCAAAUAGAGCAUACCACGAAUGAAGCAAAACAACAGAAUAACAUUGAAAAAAACGAAGCGGAAGAACAAAAAUGGCUUAAAAUUAAGAAAAAACCGAAACGAAAACGACUUCUUCCAAUAGUACAACAAUCUGAAGGAACUUUGCAAAUAUCGAUCGAUCAUGAUACUGAAGAAACUGAUGAAAGAUUUGCGCAGAGCGUAGCAGAGGAAAUUAAAACACUGGCAAUCGAUGAAUUUCAAAUGGCUCCAAGACAAGUUGGAAUAAAAAUUUGGCAGUAUCCUUGGCUAUGUUGUGCUAAUUGGUUUGCUCAUCGCAAGUUAAUGAAAGAAUAUCGAAAUGUUUGUUUUCUUGAUUAA